GGCUGAGUCAUGUGAUUUUUUUGUUUGGAUCUUUUGGAUACAGUCGUUGCGAUGGGACGUUGGCCACCACGCUUAGUGGAUUUUUCCGGAAUCUGUUUCUCAUUUCUUUUCCUUUUUUUUCCUCUCGCUCUCUAAUUUUACCCAUGUCCUCCUUCUCUCUCGCUCGUCCCAGUGAUCCUUGGUCGUUUGACUCUUUCUUUCUGCCUUUUUGUUUCUUUUUGGGAGACUGACUCAUCUCAGCUGUUUUAGCACGUCAGGAGAGAGAGAAGGGGAGAGCGAGGGAGAGAAGAAGGAGGGAGCAGAAAGGACAGAUGGAUGGCGAGAGCAUGUUUGGGUUUCAGUGAUAUGCAUGGUUUUAGGUUGUGUAUGUGAGAACAAGUUCAUGUCAGAGAGAGAGAGGGAGGGCGAGAGACAAAGGGAGGUUAUGGAAAAAUAAAUGAAACUUGUAAAAUGAAGGAACUGAGCACGUAAGAAAGAAAGAAAGGUUUGUCGUUGGGUGUGACGGCGUGUUUUGGAGUGAAGAACUGAACUUGAGCAGACGCACACGGGCACGCUUACACGCUCCGAGACUCGCGAGUGACGGCCUGUCAAACAAGCUCUGAGGGUUAGCACUGAAGGACUCCAGAACGAGGGAUUCUUAAAGAAAGUGGAAGAAAGAAGGAUGAGGUACCUCGGCAGGGAGGUGGAGGUGGAGGGCGUAGUGCGGUUGGUGAUGGAGAGUGGUCUGUCAGCGAGGGAUCGGGUGGGGGUGCAGGAUUUCCUGCUGCUGGACAACUACACCAGCGAAGCAGCGUUCAUCGAAAACCUGCGCCGGCGCUACAGAGAGAACCUCAUAUACACGUAUAUUGGCUCUGUGUUGGUGUCGGUGAAUCCAUACAGAGAGUUAGAGAUCUACUCCAAACAGCACAUGGAGCGCUACAGAGGGGUCAACUUCUACGAGAUUUCACCUCACAUUUAUGGUUUAGCAGAUAACUCAUAUCGUGCCGUGAGGACGGAGAGGAAGGAUCAGUGUAUUCUGAUCUCAGGAGAGAGCGGAGCGGGAAAAACAGAAGCAUCCAAGAAAAUCCUGCAGUACUACACCACCAUGUGCCCAACUCGCAACAACACACAGUCCAUCAGAGAGAGGCUACUGCAGUCCACACCUGUGCUGGAGGCUUUUGGGAACGCCAAAACUCUGCGUAAUGACAACUCCAGCCGAUUUGGGAAGUACAUGGAUGUGCAGUUCGACUACAAGGGUGCUCCUAUUGGAGGCCACAUCCUGAACUACCUGCUGGAGAAAUCUCGGGUGGUGCAUCAGAACCAUGGCGAGAGGAACUUUCACAUAUUCUACCAGCUGCUGGAGUCGGGAGACAGCGCGCUGCUGAAGAGACUCGGCCUGGACAAGACCAACCCACAGCAGUACCACUACCUGGUUAAGGGUAACUGUCCAAGAGUGAGCUCUAUCAGUGAUAAGAACAGCUGGAAAAUCGUCAGCAAAGCUUUCACUGUCAUUGGUUUCAAUGAAGAGGAGGUGGAGGAGUUACUGAAGGUUGUUGCUACUGUCCUGCAUUUGGGAAACACCCAGUUUGGAGAGGAUGAGUACGGGGAGACGCACCUUACCACAGAGAUGCCGAUUAAAUACGUGACUGAGCUGUUGGGUGUGGAGGGCUCAUAUCUGAGCGAAGCGCUCACUCAUAAGAAGAUCGUUGCCAAAGGAGAGGAGAUGAUCGGUCCACUCAGCCUUGAGCAGGCUCUCUCUGCUCGAGAUGCCCUGGCCAAAGCCAUAUACGGUCGCACCUUUACCUGGCUCGUCCAGAAGAUCAACCAGUCAUUGGCCUUCCAGGAUGAAGUUUACUACACCAGCAAAUGCUCAUCGGUUAUCGGCCUGCUGGACAUUUACGGCUUUGAGGUCUUUCAGAACAACAGUUUUGAACAGUUCUGUAUUAAUUACUGCAACGAGAAGCUGCAGCAGCUGUUCAUCGAGCUGACGCUGAAGAGCGAGCAGGAGGAGUACGAGGCCGAGGGCAUCGGGUGGGAGACGGUGGAAUACUUCAACAACAAAAUCAUCUGUGACCUGGUGGAGGAGAAAUUCAAAGGCAUCAUCGCUAUCCUGGAUGAAGAGUGUUUAAGGCCGGGAGAUGCUUGUGACCUCACUUUCCUGGAGAAGCUUGAGGACCGUUUGGGAGGCCACGCCCACUUUGUCACUCAUAAACUGGCCAAUGGGAAGAUCCGUAAAGCAGUAGGCCGAGAGGAGUUUCGACUGCUGCAUUACGCCGGAGAGGUCAACUACAACGUUAACGGGUUCUUGGACAAGAACAAUGACCUUCUGUAUAGGAACCUCAAGGAGGUGAUGUGUCAGUCGGAGAAUCAGAUCGUGAAGGAGUGUUUCCAUACAGACGAGCUGACUGACCAGAGAAGACCAGAGACGGCUGCCACCCAGUUUAAGCUGAGUUUGGCCAAACUGAUGGACAUUCUGAUGUCUAAGCAGCCGUCAUACAUCCGCUGCAUCAAACCCAACGAUGCCAAACAGCCAGGGAGGUUUGAGGAGGUGCUGGUGAGACACCAGGUGAAGUAUCUGGGUUUGAUGGAGAACCUGAGAGUGAGAAGAGCUGGAUUUGCAUACAGGCGGAGCUUCGAGGCUUUUCUACAGAGGUAUAAGCCUCUGUGUCCAGACACUUGGCCAAGCUGGCAGGGCAAACUGUCCGAUGGUGUGUCCACUCUAGUUAAACACCUCAACUACAAACCAGAGGAGUACAAACUGGGCAGGUCCAAAAUCUUCAUUCGCUUCCCAAAGACCCUUUUCCUGACUGAAGAUGCUCUGGAACUCAAGAAACCAACCAUCGCCAUCAUUCUGCAGAAGAACUGGAGAGGCUACAGGGAACGAGCCAAAUACCAUCGCAUCAGACAUGCAGUGAUCGUGAUCCAAUCAUGGUGGAGAGGAGUCAAAGGACGCAGGAGAGCCAAGCGCCGCAGACAAGCCGCAGACACCAUUCGCAAGUUGAUAAAAGGCUUUAUUCUGAGGAAUGAGCCCCGUUGCCCUGACAACGAGUACUUCCUGGAUCACGUCCGGUUCUCAUAUUUGAUGACAAUCAAAAGGAACCUGCCAAAAAGCGUUCUGGACAGAACCUGGCCAAGACCACCGCCAUCACUCACAGAGGCCUCUGUCCAUCUGCAUCGGCUGUGUAUACGCAACCUGGUCAAUGAUUACUGCAGGAAAAUCCAACCAGAGUGGAAGAACCAGUUGGAGCAGAAGGUUGUAGCCAGUGGCAUCUUUAGGGGCCAGAAGGACAAUUACCCCCAAAGUGUCCCGAGGCUGUUUGUGGGCACCAGGCUAGAGAACGAAGAGAUUAAUCUCAAGGUGCGGCAAACUCUCGGAAGUGAUAACAAGGUGAAGUACGGUGUGACGGUCACUAAGUACGAUCGUCAUGGUUUCCGUGCACGGCCACGGCAGCUGCUGCUGAUGGGCUCUGGGGUGAUUCUGGUUCAGGAGUCCAAAAUUAAGCAGCGUAUCGACUACAGUUCACUACUGGGUAUCUCUGUCAGUUCCCUCAGCGACGGCUUCUUCGUUCUGCACGUGCCCACUACUGACAGUAAGCAGAAGGGCGACCUGGUGCUGCAGUGUGAUCAUGUGAUCGAGGCUGUCUCCAAACUCGCCAUCAUGGCAGACAAGAUACACAACGUCAACAUCAGUCAGGACAGUAUUACGUUUGCAAUAGCGAGGGGCAAAGAGGGGGUGAUUGACUUCACCUAUGGGGCAGAGCUAAGAGUGGUGAAGACCAAAAAUGGACACUUGGCUGUGACUGCACCACAAAGCUUCAGCAAUAUAUGAUCAUGUGUCGACCAAUCACAGCUCACCAUGAAGAGUUUUGCUGUGGACCAAUUGUUUGUUGAAGAAUAACCUGCUUUAGCCAAACACCACACAAAAGCCACACCUCUUUUAUUAUUUUACAGCUUACAUAUAAACCAAAACCACUUUUUGUGGACUACUGUUUCACUGACGUGAUAAUUAUGUGUAUGUUUUUGUUUAGACAGUCAGUUUCAAAUCUGUUAUUAACAGUUUUCGGUUGAUUCUCACUCACAUGUUUAGCAAGACUAAUGAAAUGAAUGCACUUAUUAUAGUUAUAAUUAAUUAUUAUUAUUAUUAUUAUU